AUGGACGCACCAGAAAACAAAGCUCCUGGAUUUGUUGAUUUAGUCAGAUCUUGGAUUUCUAGAAAGAGUGAGUCUUCUUCACACAUGUCGAGGGAUUUCUGGAUGCCUGACCAGAGCUGCCCUGUGUGUUAUGAGUGCGAUGCUCAGUUCACUGUAUUCAACCGAAGGCAUCAUUGCCGGCUCUGUGGUCGAGUGUUCUGCGCCAAGUGCGCUGCAAAUUCGAUUCCAUCUCCAUCAGAUGAAACGAAGGAGACUCAUGAGGAGCCAGAUAGGAUCAGGGUUUGUAAUUACUGCUACAAACAGUGGGAACAAGGGAUAAUUCCGCCUGAUAACGGAGCUUGUAUCAUUAGCCUUCCUCUUAGCUCAUCGCCUUCUGCUAGAAGCGUGGCAAGUACUGCUUCUACUUCUAAUAGUAGCAACUGCACCGUUGAUUCAACUGCUGGACCUUCCCCUAGACCGAAAAUGAAUCCUCGAGCUAGCAAGGAUUUCGAGAAGUCUGAGCAGCAGAAUGCAUCGUCGCGUAGAAGCUCGGAUACUUUUGGGCGUGUGUUAGAUUCUUCUCAGAAUCCAGUUGAAUUCUUCGUGAACGGUGGCAGGAGUGAUGGUGAAGCUGAUGAUGAUGAAGAUUAUCACUCUGACUAUGCACAGUCUUACUCUCAAGGAAAUGACUACUAUGGUGCCAUCAGUCUGGAUGAAGUUGAUCGUAUCUAUGGGUCACAUGAACCUCAUGAUGUUGGAGUAAGCAUAGAGUCAAACAUCCAGAAUUGCUUGCCCCCUGAUGAAGAUCUCGACGCAGUGAAUACAGAGACGAUAGAUAAAACAGAACAGCAAGAGAAUGGAUGGAAUGAUGUGAAGGAGGGAAGCCCUCCUUGUGAAGAGUCAUUUGAGCCUGAGGUAGUGGAUUUUGAGAGCGAUGGGCUCUUAUGGCUACCGCCAGAGCCAGAGAACGAAGAAGAUGAAAGAGAAGCGGUGUUAUCUGAUGAUGAGGGUGAUGAAGGUGAUAGAGGUGAUUGGGGGUACCUUCGACCAUCAAAUAGCUUUAAAGACAAGGAGUUCCACUCUAGGGACAAAUCCAGUGGUGCUAUGAAAAAUGUUGUUGAAGGGCACUUUAGGGCCUUAGUAGCACAACUUUUGGAGGUUGAUAACUUACCUAUGGUCAACGAAGGCGAUGAAGAGGGCUGGCUUGAUAUAAUUACAUCGUUGUCCUGGGAGGCUGCAACACUUCUCAAGCCAGAUACGAGCAGAAGUGGAGGAAUGGAUCCAGGAGGAUAUGUGAAGGUUAAAUGCAUCCCCUGUGGACGUCGUAGUGAGAGUUUGGUUGUGAGAGGCGUUGUUUGUAAGAAAAAUGUGGCUCAUCGGCGAAUGACUUCAAAAAUCGAGAAGCCGCGCCUGCUAAUCCUUGGAGGUGCUCUGGAGUAUCAACGCAUCUCUUAUCAGUUGUCAAGUUUUGACACUUUGUUGCAACAGGAAAUGGACCAUUUGAAGAUGGCUGUUGCAAAAAUUGACUCUCACAAUCCCGACGUUCUCUUGGUGGAGAAGUCUGUCUCGCGAUUUGCGCAGGAGUAUCUUCUUGCGAAGGACAUAUCUCUUGUUUUAAAUAUUAAAAGGCCCCUUCUAGAGCGCAUAUCCCGCUGCACUGGUGCGCAAAUUGUCCCUUCGGUCGAUCAGCUCACAUCACCAAAGAUGGGUUAUUGUGACCUGUUCCACGUGGAAAAAUUUGUGGAGAAACAUGUUAGUGCUUCUCAAGGUGUGAGGAAACUGACAAAGACUUUAAUGUAUUUUGAUGGUUGCCCCAAGACUUUGGGCUGUACUAUAUUGCUCAAGGGAGCACAGGAAGAUGAACUGAAGAGGGUGAAACAUGUAAUUCAGUAUGGAGUUUUUGCAGCAUAUCACUUGGCUCUUGAGACAUCUUUCCUAGCAGAUGAAGGUGCUUCCCUUCCAGAACUUCCUCUGCAGACCCCAAUUACAGUGGCUUUACCUGAUAAACCAUCAACGAUUAACAGAUCAAUAUCCACAAUACCUGGUUUUGCUGUUUCAAGUGCUGAAAAGUCUCCAACUACUGAAUUAUUGGGUGAGCCACAUAAAGCCAAUGGCGACCUUACCACCUUGGAUACCGUUUACUCCGAAAUUGUCUCCUCUAAUGAUGAUGGGUUAGUUCCUACUCUAGAAUCCAGGCAGCUAUCGUUUCCCAUGGAAGAAGCUUCUGAUCAAAAAGAUCAGUGGUCUGUUUUACCCUGCGCCACAGAACAAGUAACUGAUGGUGCUUACGCUAAGGAAUCCACAGUAACAGGAGAUCAAAAUGAUAGUAGACAUGAACAGGUGGACUCUUCAAAAGGAGACUUUCUUCCGACAGCCUCUGACCAUCAAAGCAUUUUGGUUUCCUUAUCGACAAGAUGUGUGUGGAAGGGAUCUGUGUGUGAGCGGGCUCAUUUACUCCGUAUUAAAUACUAUGGGAGCUUUGAUAAGCCUUUAGGACGAUUCUUAAGGGAUAACCUCUUUGAUCAGGAUCGUUCUUGCCCGUCAUGUGCGAUGCCAGCAGAAGCACACAUUCACAGCUAUACUCACAGGCAAGGUAGUCUGACAAUAUCUGUUAAGAAACUGCCUGAAUUGCUACCUGGACAACGCGAAGGAAAAAUUUGGAUGUGGCAUCGGUGCCUGAAAUGUCCUAGGAUCAGUGGCUUUCCUCCAGCCACACGCAGAAUUGUGAUGUCAGAUGCUGCGUGGGGCCUGUCUUUUGGCAAAUUUUUGGAGCUGAGCUUCUCUAACCAUGCAGCAGCUAGUCGUGUGGCCAACUGUGGUCAUUCCCUUCACAGAGACUGUCUCCGUUUCUACGGUUUUGGGAGAAUGGUGGCUUGCUUCCGUUAUGCUACAAUCAAUAUAUUUGCAGUUAUUCUGCCACCAGCAAAGCUUGAGUUUAGCUAUGAAAACCAGGAGUGGCUCCAAAAGGAAUCAAAAGAGGUGGUUAAAAAAGCGAAGUCCUUUUUGAUGAGGUACAAGAGGCACUUAAUCAGAUUUCAGCGAAAUCACUGGGUGCAAAUUCCAAGGGCAGCGCUCCCAGCAAGAUAA